CGAGCUUCUGCCCAGUGGUAAAAACGGUGCUCGCCCUUUAAGCGGCGGGACUUCUGGUUAACGUCGUCGUCGGCCGCCGGAAGGGGAAGUUUCGCUGCCGAAUUCUCCCUCGCUCGUCCGAAUUCGGUGGCGCCACGUCUGACGGUCUCCGCGUUCUGCAACGGGGCUGGGGCGGCUUCCGCCUCGACACCUCCCACUCGCCCAGCGGACCGCGUCGUGAGGGGGCCGGGACAGGAGUCGGGCGGCUUUGCACAUCCCGGCCACCGAAGAGGCGAAGAUGUCGGACAUCGGGGACUGGUUCAGGAGCAUCCCGGCCAUCACGCGCUAUUGGUUCGCCGCCACCGUCGCGGUGCCCUUAGUCGGCAAACUCGGUCUCAUCAGCCCGGCCUAUUUCUUCCUCUGGCCCGAAGCCUUCCUCUAUCGCUUCCAGAUUUGGAGGCCGAUUACUGCCACCUUUUAUUUCCCUGUGGGUCCAGGAACUGGAUUUCUUUAUUUGGUCAAUUUAUAUUUCUUAUAUCAGUACUCUACACGACUCGAAACAGGAGCUUUUGAUGGGAGGCCAGCAGACUAUUUAUUCAUGCUCCUCUUCAACUGGAUUUGCAUCGUGAUUACUGGCUUAGCGAUGGAUAUGCAGUUGCUGAUGAUUCCUCUGAUCAUGUCAGUACUUUAUGUCUGGGCCCAGCUGAACAGAGACAUGAUUGUAUCAUUUUGGUUUGGAACACGAUUUAAGGCCUGUUAUUUACCUUGGGUUAUCCUUGGAUUCAACUAUAUCAUCGGAGGCUCGGUCAUCAAUGAGCUAAUUGGAAAUCUUGUUGGACAUCUUUAUUUCUUCCUCAUGUUCAGAUACCCAAUGGACUUGGGAGGAAGGAAUUUUCUAUCCACGCCUCAGUUUUUGUACCGCUGGCUGCCCAGCAGGAGAGGAGGGGUGUCAGGGUUUGGUGUGCCCCCCGCUAGCAUGAGGCGAGCCGCCGACCAGAACGGCGGAGGCGGGAGACACAACUGGGGACAGGGCUUUAGGCUCGGGGACCAGUGACGGAGUGGCCUCUGGCCUGCCCACCAGCCUCCACUCAGAUGACGUUUCCUCCCAGUGCCGGGUGACCUUUACCACCGAGUUCUAGCUAACGCUGUUGGACCUGACCCACACUGAAUGUAGUCUUUCAGUACAAGACAACAGUUUUUUAAAUCCUGAAGAAAAAAUACAUGUUCCUCGAGUUUCGUGAUUCUCAUUCAAGUCCUUACUGCUAAGAAGAACAAAUAUCAACUGGGCAGAUUUCGGAACUGACCUUAGUUUUUGGUGUCUUCUCUUCCUUUUCCAUCUGAAUCAUGGGUUUCGGCAGGUCCCACUCUGCUGGCACCAAGCUGGGUAUCCGGCGUUGGGUCACCAGACCCCUGUCCCGGGGGCUCUUAGCUCUUUCUCGCACCCGCGCCUGCCUCCUCCUUCCCCAGCCUCACACUCGCAGCUAGAGGAGAUUGCCCAUGAAUUGGUCCUGCCUCUGACAAGCUCGCUUUAUUUGUUGGCUUUUGCCAAGGCUUGGCCACAGAGGCCUUGUUCCCAGCGUUUUACGGUGGCAGAACCGUAACCGUAGUGCAGAAGGCGGACAGCAGAUGAAGAGCUUCCUCAGCUUUUGGGAUAGUCGUGGCCUGAUAUCAGUUGCCACCGUUUGCCACCUCUUCAGCUGUUCUGAUAAAAAAAGCACCGCUGAGUCAAUGAGGACCACAGAUCAGUAUUAAUGAGGCCUGAAGGUCCUUGCUAGGCAUUUUUUUAUCCUAAGUGAUCAAAACCCUAGUGGAGUUGCAUCUUACACAGGGGCUGUGUUUAACCGUGGGCAUAAUCCCAAUGCAUCUCGUGUAGGGCAUACUGGCUCUGUGUGUACCCAGAGUAGUGGAUUUGUAUUGUGCUAGAAAGUUCCAAAGCACAUUGGCCACAGGGAGAAGCUCUCUUUGAGAGGUGCCUGGGCAUUGAUUGAUUUGACUUCCUUCUCCUUCUGGGUGUAUGUUUAUUGAGUAGAGUGGAGGGAGAACCUUAAACCCUCUUUAAGUUGUCUUUUUUUUUAAACCGAGCCCCCAUUCCCCACCCCCAUGGCCAUAUGCUUCAGUUACUUGUGAGGAGGGUGCAGCUCCUCUGUAUGUAGAUCUUAUUUAGAAGCUGUUGUAAGCACAUCUAAGUGAAUCACGUGAUUUUGGGUGUAAUGGCUUUAGAAUCAUCUGUGUUUGAGGAGCUUUUUUAUUUCGAGUCAUGAAGGUACAUCAGACCAUCUUCACCCACAGCUCCUUUUUUUACAGGUGGGCUUUUUCCAUCAGAGCUAGGCUUGUCACCGGAUAGCUUUUUGAAGGCUGUGACGUUUCACACAGGUUCUUAUUUUAUAUUUUUAUUCUGAAAGCAAACUGCUAGGAGCAGUGCUGAGUGGCUGCCAUACUUUGAGUCAACUAGAGAAGGCUUUGAACAUUUUGACCAGCGGUUCUGUGCAGGAGACACUGUGUGCUAAGAGUAUGACUCUUCGCCCCGCUCUGAAGCAGUGACGUGUGUUAUUCUAGGAAGUGGGGAUUUGAAAUCCGCUCCUCGUUUUUCAUGAAGUUUGUUCGAGUGUACCUCUUCAUAUUUAAUUUAUAUGGUAAAAUAGGCGGCGGGGAGAAUCUGAACCCUAACUGUCAUAUGUUUGCUGUUGACCUGUGGCCAGAAUAAAAUUUACUUGUAAAAUUUUAGAAACCCUUCUUCCUGUUACAUCAUACUUGCACUCACUGUGCAGGAGUGGAGACUCAUUGUAUGUGUAAGAAGAUUCUCACGGUAAGUGAGCUAGUCUCCUACACGCUGUCACAGCAGCUCAACUGCCUGAGAGCAGUAGUCUUUCUGAAGGUUACAAGUAUUCCUUAGAAUUCUUCAGUUCAAGGCAAAAUGUUCAUUAAAUUCUUCCUCUUAAACACAUUUAAGAAGCUGAUAAUUUUUAUUAAUUUUGUCUGGAUUACCUAUCUUUGGGGAAUAACUUUAGCUAAGCAAGCUAUUUGAGAUUUGAUUUGGCAAGGCAAGACAUGACAGCAGAUUCUCUUUGUGAAAGAAAAUAAAUCCUAAUUUUGUAUAGAGAAAUUCCCGUUUUGUAACUAAUCCUUUUUAUUGGUAAGAAUUGUAAAUUAAAAUGUACAGCUUCA